AUGGCAAAUAACUCGAAUGGGACAUUUGUAAUAACGAAGACACCAGCAGGAGUAGGGAUAUUCAUUACAGCCCUGAACAUUUUUCUUUCCAUCUUUGCAACUCUGGGCAAUGCUCUCAUUCUGCUUGCUCUACGAAAAGUUUCCGCCAUUCAUCCACCAAGCAAGUUGUUAUUACGAUGUCUGGCAGUUACUGAUCUCUGUGUUGGUCUUAUAUCUCAACCACUUUACGUUUACUACAUUUUAACAAUCCAUCUCGAUAUUGGUAACCCCAUUGAUGAAAUUCUUGUUGCAGACAUCUUUUUCUAUAAUGUGUUGCUUGCGGUAUCGCCCCUAACAUCGGCUGCGAUCAGUGUUGACAGACUUCUCGCUCUGUUGUUGGGUCUGAGAUACAGACACGUUGUAACUUUAUGCCGAGUUCGUGUGGUCAUAGCUUGUUUUUGGCUCAUUGCUGUUUCAAACUCUUCUUUGCUCUGGGUGGAUUUAAUCCUACUCAGUGAUAAGGUAGGACUUGCCAUGUUGUGGACCUUCAUAGUUUUAACAUUGAUUUCGGUAAUAAUCUCAACAUUUUCGUACGCGAAGAUUUUUUUUACCCUCCGUCAUCGACAAGCCCAAGUACAAAAUCAUGUCCAACCAGAAGAGUCGAGCAGAAUAAGAAGUGUACUGAACAUAGCACGGUACAAGAAGACAGUGUAUAGCGCAGCUUGGAUACAGUUUGCCAUGAUUGCUUGUUAUGGUCCUUGUAUUAUAUUGACAAUUUUAUAUAUUUCGGGUAAAAAAAGCUAUAUUACCACUGAACUAAAAAUCGCAUUGGAAUUCUCCUAUUGUCUCUCCUCUUUCAAUUCAUCUCUGAAUCCUGUCCUUUACUGUUGGAGGAUCAAAGAUGUCAGACAGCAAGUGAAGAACACCAUUCGUAAGUGUCUUUGCUGUUGA